AUGUUAAAUCCGGACGAAGAAGAAGGAGAUGAUAAAACGAUAGUCCUAAAUCCGAGUAACGAGAAUCGUGCGGAUGAAACGCUGGAAGAUAAAAGUCCGAGUAAAACGGAAAAAUCGAGAGAAGCAGUGGAAAAUGUUGAAAAAAAACCGGAAGGAGGUCAGGAAAACGAAGAUGAAAAAAAAAACAAAGAAAAUGCAUCGGCAACUCAUUUCGCGACGAAAAACCAAGAGCUUUUCCUCAUUGAAUUUUUAGUCGAUUGCGUAUCAAUCGAUGCGUGUGCCGUGGAUCAAGAAAUAUUAGACGGACAAACGUGUCUUUCUUUAUCGUUUUUAAAUUUUCCACCCAUGGAAAUAUGCGAAAAAAAUUACGGUAAUAGGAAAAACGGUUCGGAAAAAAUCAAAUUCAAUUGUGGUAAAUCUUUAAUGUUUGCUUUUAACGAAUACCAGUGCGAUCAUCCUCCGGUACUCACGUUAGAAAUGACCGUGUCGAAAAAACUACACAACAACUUGUCGGGUGGUGCACCCUACAAAGUCGACAUAGGAACCAUUAAAAUAUGCGUGUCGGAAUUGUUUCGUCAGAUCGUGGAUAUAGCUAAACUCACACCCGAUAGAUUACCCGCAUCGAAAUCGAUAAAAGAUUGUUUCAUGUUGAUCGGACCGGGUAAAAGAACCAUGGGCGAAGUUAGCAUAUAUAUAAGAUUUUCUUGCUUGGGACAAAACAUAAUAACGGAAUUUCAAUGUGGAUCCGAUAUAAAAUCAAAUCCCGUUUUAUUUAAAAAUCGUGAAGGAAAAAAAGUAUUCGAAUUUAAAGGACGUGACGUGGGAGAUGACGAUCCGAACGGUGCGAAAUCAUCAUUGAAUCCGAACAAAGGAAGAAUCGGUUGCGGUUGUAUUAAAAUGAAUACCGAUCAAUCACAUACGACACCUCGCGGAGGUCAAGGGGAUGGUGAAAGGCUCAAUAUAACAACAUCAACAACAAAAGGAAAUAAACUGGUUUUAGACAUGACGGAAAAAAAAAAAUUACCCGGACAAACGGAUGCGGAUAGAAAAGACGGGACAAACGGUGGAAGCGGAUUGGAAAAAGGUGGCGAAACGAAACAAACAAACGAUAAAAAUCCGGAUGAAAAUUUAUUCGUAUUAAAAGUUGGCGACAAAGGACAAAUACCCGACAGGGGAAAAAUGAUUUUGGAAUUUAGAACACCCAAGCAAAAAAUAUUACCCAAAAUAAUACCCCCCUACCACGAAGACAUCGCCGUACAAACGGAUUUGGGUAAAAAAAGAAAGAGAAAAGCGAAAAAAAAAUAA